CCUCGCUCUCCUUCUCGUACAGUCGUCUCGCAGGCGCUGUUGUACUACGCAGCACACACACCCACACCCUUACUCAUCAUGUCUCACUUUGGCGGCGGUGCUAGCCACCUCGCAGCGAUCUACGGCUCGGAGCAGGACAAGGUCAACUGCAGCUUCUACCUCAAGAUUGGCGCGUGCCGGCACGGCGAGCGGUGUUCGCGCAAGCACAUCAAGCCCCAGUACUCGCAGACGCUCGUCCUCCUCAACGCGUACCAGAACCCGGCCCACAACCCGGGCACGACGUCCAACCCGCACCUGCGCCCAAAGGACGCGCCGCCGCUCGACCCCAACCCGCACAGCAAGCUCAACGAGGACGAGACGCGCGAGUACUUUGACAAGUUCUACGAGGACGUCUACUGCGAGUUGACAAAGUACGGCAACCUGCUCGAGAUGCACGUGUGCGACAACGUCGGCGACCACCUCAUCGGCAACGUGUACGCCCGCUUCGAGUGGGAGGACCAGGCCGGCCUCGCCGUCGAAGAGCUCAACAAGCGGUGGUACGCCGGCCGACCUUUGUACGCCGAGCUGAGCCCCGUCACCGACUUCCGCGAGGCGUGCUGCCGCCAGAACGACAUGGGCUCGUGCGACCGCGGCGGGUUCUGCAACUUUAUGCACCUGCGGUACCCGACAAAGUCGCUCCUCAAGGACCUCCAGCGCGAGCAGCGCGUCGAGCGCCGCGAGAACCCCGACCCCAAGGACGAGGAGCGCAAGAAGGAGCUCGAGAUGUUUGGCGCCGAGUUCAUGGGUGCGCCUGGAGGAGGCGGCGGCGGCGGCGGAGGAGGAGGAGGAGGGCCGGGCGGGUACGGCGGUGGGUACUCGAGCGACCGGCGGUACUGAGCGCGCA